GUAGUUUCGCGGGGUGAGGGGAGACGCCGUGGAGAGAUAUAAAUGUGGCAGGACUUUAGCUUUCUACAUCAGUGGUUCUCGAACAACCAACCGUGCCAGUCGUCGACAUCAUGAAGCUGAUUAUCCUCGCUUGUGUGGCCUGCGUAGCUUUGGCAGCUCCUCAGAUCCAGGAUCCCGUUGCCAUCACUCGUGACGACAGGACUGACAACGCCGAUGGCACUUUCAGUUACGUCUUCGAGGCAGAGAACGGCAUCGUGGCUCAGGCCGCCGGCGUUCAAGGGUCACAGGGGCAGUCCAACAUUGAGGGCUCCUACAGCUUCCCACUGAGUGAUGGCAGCGGCUUCGUCGAGGUGAGGUACGUGGCUGACGAAAAUGGCUUCCGUGCCGAGUCCCCCUUCCUGCCCACCCCCCACCCAACUCCCGCCCACGUCAUCGAACUCCUGAGGAUCGCCGACGAACAGAGAGCUGCAGGAAUCACCUUCGAGUGAUCACUAUCGCCCACCAGAAAUGUUCGUUGAUAAUUGUUAUCUCGUUUCUCUUGUUUCAUUGUCUACGACUCGAGUUAUUCGACGAAGAACGAAAAUUAUUUCACGUCUUGAAUCAUUGAAUACUGCUUUUUUGGAAGCUGUGAAUUUUGGUCUAAGAUAUUUUGAUUUUGCUUCGGUGAAAGAUGUCGUAGCAAAAAAGUAGCCGUGUAAAUUAUAUGUCAUCUGAUUUCAAAAAAUGGUUUAUUCAAAAGAAACAUUAUUUCCUACUGUACCUAUGUUUUAGCCUUUAGAAGUCUUCCUAAAAUUAUAGCUUAUUUGGAAUAUCAAAUAUUAUAUACAUAUCAAUGAAAUACAAUAUAUGAAAAUAUUUACAUGUUUCCAUCGGUGAAAUCCAUUAUUCAACAGAAUCUGACUGCAGUGUCACAAUUAAAAAUCACAAUUAA